UCUAACAGCACAUUCUCUCUUUAGCUUUUUUCUCCGCUGCUUGCACGCGCUACAAUGUUUGGAGGCACAGAAAUGCCAAACUCAGUUUAAAAAGGUGACAAUUUAACAUAAUGCGUGUGUAUCGCUCACCGGCGAGCACAUUGUAAAUUCACUAACUAGUCUGCGUGUGUGUACACUUGAUUGAACCACAUCUUCACAGAUUGUUGGCGCUUGGUGCGGAUUGUUUUAGUGUAAAACACCAUAAAUACCGUAGGAAGCGGGCAAUUGCAACUAAAACGGAAACGUCCAAAUAUAUUAAAUGAUACUACUUCUGUGCGGGCUCAGGUGGAUGCCGAAUUCAAGAAUGGUUCACACUGGUUCGAGCAAGGUCGUAGCUUAAAAUACACGUCACUUGUAGAUGAGAAAUAAACAAGGCCACGACGAGUUUGGAGUUUGAUCAAUGGAGUUCAGUGUGUGGGUGUCACCAAAACUGACACGUAACGUUACAAUGAGACACCCGGUAACGGAACGCACUGUCAUCAGUUGCAGAGCGCGAGCGUACUUUCAACGUCAAUAACUAAAUACGUAUUUAUUCAUUUUAGAGUAAGCCAGCGUUAAUUAACGUUUCGUCAACAAUGCAAUAUAGUUUUACAUAACAGGCUAGCUAAUGCUAACUAAUGGUGGUAAACAGCUGACGUUAGUUCGUAAACAAUUGGACCUGUCAAACUUAGCGAAGCAACCAUCUGCAGUCUGCUAUGGGUGCAGAUGCAGUUCGGAGAUGACCUCUCUAAGGUAGCGGUCUUUUCUGGACCGCUGAUCCUGGCUGGCAGCCCUGGAUGGCGUGCCCUGUCCAGUUCAUCUGCCGGGGGCUUCGCACUGUUGGAUUAGUUCUUUUUUACUAUGUCUUCUCUAUAGGCAUCACCUUCUAUAACAAAUGGCUGAUGAAGGGCUUCCACUAUCCCCUCUUCAUGACCUUAGUUCACCUCACCAUCAACUUCUGCCUGUUAGCCCUGACGCGACGGGCCAUGAUGUGCUGGACAGGGAAACCCCGCAUCAUUAUGAGCUGGAAGGACUACCUCCGUAAGGUGGCUCCCACAGCCUUGGCAACAGCAUUGGAUAUUGGACUUUCCAACUGGAGCUUCCUCUUCAUCACCAUUAGCUUGUACACCAUGACCAAGUCUUCAGCAGUGCUCUUUAUCCUAUUUUUCUCUCUGGUUUUUAAACUAGAGGAGCCGAACCCAUUCCUGAUCCUAGUGGUCCUGCUGAUCUCCAGUGGUUUGUUUAUGUUUACAUUUGAGUCGACCCAGUUCAACCUUGAGGGCUUCACCUUGGUACUGCUGGCGUCCUUCAUAGGCGGGAUCCGCUGGACCCUCACGCAGGUCCUCAUGCAGAAAGCAGAGCUGGGCCUUCAGAACCCAAUAGACGCUUUGUACCACCUGCAACCUCUCAUGUUCAUCGGCCUCUUUCCCCUCUUCCUGUAUAACGAAGGGCUGAGCCUCAGUACCUCAGAGAAGUUAUUCCGGGUGACGGAGCUCCAGCCUGUCCUGUAUUCGGUCGUCACACUGAGCAUCGGUGGCUUGCUGGCCUUCGGUUUGGGCUUCUCAGAGUUCCUGCUCGUCUCCCGGACCUCCAGCCUCACGUUAGCCAUAUCAGGGAUCUUUAAGGAGGUGUGUACUCUGCUUUUGGCAGCAGCUCUGAUGGGAGACAAAAUGAGCAUGCUUAAUUGGCUGGGAUUCACCGUGUGUCUGUGUGGCAUUUCACUGCACGUAGGAAUCAAGACAUACUAUUCCAAAAAUAAGGGACCGUCUUUAAGGCAGCUCAACAGUAAGAGUCCAGAGCUUGAGUUGCCAUUACUGCGGCAGAACGAAGACGACAGAGGCGAUUCGGCUGCAGAAUACAACGACGAAGACGAGGAACAGGAAAUCAUUCUGCACGUUCCACUCAUGUCUCCUCACCUCCUUGCUUCAUCAUCAUCUUUCUGGCUAAUGCUGUGUUUCCUGCUCAGUGUCUUCCUGCUGCUGUCCUCAGGGGUCCAUGGCCAAGGUCGUCUUAAACUGACGGUCCUGUCUGAGGACAGACUGCAGAUGAAAUGGAAGGAGGCUGACGGACCCGUUCAGGGCUACAAGGUCCGAGUGAGACCCAUCUCAGAGGUGCCACAGCCCGAGCUGAUGCUGACCACCACGCGGGGCCGGGCGACGGUGGCAGGACUGGACUCCAGUCAGGAAUACGCCCUCCAAGUCCUCGUGCUCAAUGGGACGACAGAGAAACUUCUCGCAAAGCGACGAUUCACCAUGGAGGGUCUGCGGGAGGAGGAAACGAUCCGCAGCGGUAGUCGAGAGCAGAAGAAGAAGACGUUGCCAGGCGGGUCAGGGUCAGGAGACCUGGACGAUGUGACGGAGGCUCUGUUGGGCGUGCCGACAAUUCUGUAUCCGGACCCCACCACCACCACCGCCGCUGCUGCUGCUACUACAGAGCCCCCAGCAGUAGAAACCCCCUCUCAGCCCCCCGAUGAGGCCCAAGAGAAAACCACCAAAGAGAAGAGGAAGAGGAAGAAGGACAAAGAGCGGGAUCGUUCGAGAGUGGAGAAUAAGGAGGAGCAGGGGACCACACAGGCCAAAGCAGCCGAGGAGAAACCCCGGAAGACACCCUUCCCUACCCAACCGGUGACAGGUAUAUCUCCAAGGAAACGAUUUGAGUGUGACAGCGCUGCGGCGGCGGACAUCAUGUUGUUGGUGGACGGCUCCUGGAGCAUCGGACGUACCAACUUCAGACGGGUCAGAGACUUCUUGGAGGGCCUGAUGACCCCCUUCCGCAUCGGGCCGGACCACGUUCAGAUCGGUCUGACCCAGUACAGCGGAGACCCCCGCACGGAGUGGCAGCUCAACAACUUCACCACAAAAGACCAGCUGUUGGAGGCAGUGAGGAAUUUCAGAUACAAGGGAGGAAACACAUUUACAGGCCAGGCGCUGCUCCAUGUCAUGGAUGAGAACAUGAGGGCCGAGGCAGGCGCGAGGUCGGGCGCUCCCCUCUUCCUGGUCUUGUUGACCGACGGGAAAUCUCAGGAUGACGCCAUUGCCGCGGCAAACCGGCUGAAGAGCGCCGGCGUGGAGAUCAUCGCUGUAGGUGUAAAGAAUGCCGAUGAGGCCGAAUUGAGACAAGUGGCGUCAGAGCCGGUGGAUCUGAACGUCUACAAUGUCAACGACUUCCCUCUGCUCAGCAAACUGGUGACACGACUGGUCCACAUCCUGUGCGGGAGGAUAAAGGACCGUGGCAUCUCAAAACGAAUGGAGCCUGGGCCCACAGCGGACCCGACCCUCUCCUACCCCAGUCCCACCGAUCUCCGCUUCUCUGAACUGGGCUCCAGAGAAGUCCAGCUUCACUGGACCAAUCCCACGAAGCCAGUCCAACAGCACAGAGUUGUCUACCACAGCGCCGAGGGUCAGAGUCCACAGGAGGUGGUACUGGCCGGCUCAGAGUCCACUGUGCUGCUGGAGGACCUCUCCUCUCAGACGAUGUACCACGUGUCCAUCUUCCCUGUGUAUGAAGACAAUGUGGGCCUGGCACUCAGAGGAACUGUCACCACAUUGCCCCUGGCCAUGCCCGCCAACCUGGAGGUGACUCCUUCCUCAUACAGCACGCUGAGGGUGAGUUGGGGCGCAGCGCCCGGUGCAACACAGUAUAUGAUCCUGUACUCAGCACUCAACCACGGGGAGCCAGAUGACGCCAAGGAGGAGAAAUUCAGUGCAGACCAGGCAGCGGUGGAGCUGGCAGGGUUGCUGCCGGCGACAGACUACUCCGUCACUCUUUACGCUCUGUUUGACGAGGAUCCCAGCGACCCCGUCACUGCUGUUGCCACCACCUUGCAUCUCCCACCGCCUGCGAGCGUUCAGUUCCCGAUGGUCACCCACAGUAUGCUGAGGGUGAGCUGGGUGCCCGGAGCCGUGGACGUCCCCGGCCACAGAAUCACCUACAGCACCAACCUCGGCAGUGACGUCAAGCAGCUGGAGGUGGCAGGACUGAACUCAGUGGUGGUGCAGAACCUCUCUUCACUCUCCAGAUAUCUGGUUUCAGUCCAGUCUCACUACCCACUAGGCCUGUCUGCAGCACUCACCAGUAACGUCACCACACUGAAGGUGCCUUCCCCAUCAGACCUCAGGGUGACUAAUUUCUCAGGCAGUGACAUCACCGUGCGCUGGGAGGCUGCAGCCGAUGACGUCGUCUCGUACCUCAUCAAGUGGAUCUCCCUCAGUGGAGGAGACCUGAGACAGCUGAGGGCUGGAGGUGAGAGUGAAGGGGCGAUCCUGGAGGAGGUGGAGGACGAUAAGGAAUACCAAAUCUCUUUGUCUGCACUUUAUGGAGAUGGAGCUCAGAGUGAAGCUGUGGCCACACGCUAUAGCACCUUGUCUGGCGGAGGCCCAUCCAGCAUAUCGGUCAGCGAGGAGACAGCCGUCAGCUUGGUGGUCAGCUGGGUACCUCCGAACGCUCACGUGCUCCAGUAUCGCGUGACCUACACUGCGCUGACUGCAGCUGAAACCCAGGACAGCACCGUGUUGGUCCCGGGUGGUGAGAAGCGGGUGAUGCUGGAGUCGUUACAGACAGAUACUCGGUACAGCAUCCUGGUCACCGCCGAGUACCGCAACAGAGAAGGAGGCAGCGGUUCUGCUCAGGGCAAAACCACAAGUCUGCGGGUGAGCAGUGUGAGUGUGGUCAGGUCAGACCACUCCAGUAUCUGUGUGUCUUGGAGGCCCGUGUCUGCUGUCGAUGGAUAUCGUAUAGUCAUCCAGUCUGUCAAAGACAAGCAAGCAAAGGAAGAAACUGUGGAUGAGUCCAGCAGCAGUCACUGCUUCACUGAUCUGGAACCAGAGACUCUGUAUCGUAUCAGCGUGCACUCGCUUCUCGGCUCAGCAGAGGGCGCCGCUGUCUCCCUUCUCCACCCAACAGUCACAGCCCCUGCCAGAAUUCCCAUCCAUCCCCGGAUGUACCCCGUCCACAACGAAGUCUGCCCUGAAGUCACCAUCAGAAACAGCAUUGUCAAAGGAUUUGACAUGAUGGAAGCCUUCGGUCUGACAAAGAGAGCCCACUCGUCUGUGGAGGGCGUGGCAGCCGAGCCCUUUGUCUUCAACACCCUCCCCACCUACACUUUGUACAGAGACGUGCAGCUGACACAGAGCACCAAGUUCAUCCACCCUGCAGGUUUCUCUCCAGAACACACCAUCAGCAUGGCCUUCCGCGUGUUGCAGGAUACUCCCCGGGAGCCCUUCGCCCUCUGGCAGCUCACUGACAACGACUUCCAGCCCAAGAUGGGAGUGGUGCUCGACCCUACCACCAAGCUUCUGGUGUACUUCAGCCUGGACUACAGGGGAGAAGUGCAGGAGCUGACCUUUGACCAGCGGCAGGUCCACCAGCUGUUCUAUGGCAGUUUUCACAAGGUUCACCUGUCGGUCAGCCAGGUGAGUGUGUCCCUGUCUGUGGACUGCCAGCAUGUGGGUGAGAGGCCUGCCCGCCCUCUAGGCAGCCUACCGACCGACGGCUUUGAGAUGCUGGGAAAACUGGUGAAGACCAGAGGACCCAAUAGUGGAUCCGCACCGUUCCAGCUGCAGUCCUUUGAGAUCGUGUGCAACACCUCGUGGGCUUCAGAGGACACCUGCUGUGACCUGCCCGGGGUGAGAGAUGAGGAGAGCUGUCCCGCCCCGGCCUACACCUGCACCUGCUCCUCCGACAUCCCCGGAGCCUCUGGUUCCCCUGGACCCACUGGAAAGCCAGGUCCUCGUGGUGAGAAAGGUGAGAAGGGAGAGCAAGGCCUAAAGGGGGAGGUGGGUCCUCCAGGAAAGUCUGGAUUAGAGGGAGGUCUUGGACCCCUGGGCAGCACGGGGCCUCGAGGCAUGGCCAUGCAGGGUAAAGCGGGUCCACCUGGUGCAAGGGGGGGAAAAGGAGAACCUGGGCGACCAGGGGUCCAGGGUUCACCAGGACCUCCAGGUCCAAAAGGAGAGGUGGGGAUUCCAGGCCCUCAGGGCAUUAGGGGGCUCGAAGGAAACAUCGGUGGACCAGGCAUCACUGGACCCCGGGGUUUCCAGGGAAUGCCCGGACACCCGGGGCCUAUAGGGGACAGGGGCUUCUCAGGACAUGUGGGACCUACGGGUCUUCCGGGGGGUAAAGGGGAGCGUGGAGAGAAGGGGGAACCUCAGUCUAUGGCCAUGAUCUACCAACUGGUCACACAGGCCUGUGAGCAGCUAGUGCAUAACGAGGUGUUGAAGCUCGACAUGUUCAUUAACGAGAUGAGUCGUAAGCCUGCUCCUAUUGAGGAGCCGGUUGGGCCCCCCGGGGAACCUGGCAUACCGGGGCCCAAGGGCCCACCGGGCGCCAGGGGCGCCCAGGGGCGUGUCGGCGCAAGGGGGACCUCUGGCAGAGGUGGAUAUCCAGGAGAACAGGGAAGAAGAGGUUUGCCAGGGGGGAAAGGUGAUGCAGGGACCAAUAUCCAGGGGCCCACAGGGGUCAAAGGAUUUGCAGGUCCUCCAGGUGAGUCCAAGCUGGGGAGCCUGGGUUCCAACGGAGACGAUGGUAAACCAGGACCCGCAGGGAUCGCCGGACCUCCCGGACAACAAGGCGAGGGUGGACCAUCGGGUGUGUGUGACAGCAGUGGAGGCUGCCAACGGGUUCCCCAGGAAACAGAAGAAGACCCUUAUUAUGGCUACCAGCCCUAAAGGAUAUUAACAAGCAGCUAGCAACGCUACGGUGCCUGACGUCGGGUUGAAAUGACUAUGGUUCCUUUGGAGCUAAAUGCCAGAUAAGGAAGGGAGCUAAAAGAAAAGAAGAAGCACUAAAGAGGUUUGCUGCGAUGAACUUGCCACUGACUGAUGCGGAAGCCUCACAAGCUUCAUCGUGGAAAAGGAAGCACUAGAGGAAGGAUCUCUCUCGGAUCCUCAUGUUACCAUUUUCUUUGACUUUAAAAAACAAAUGACUGAGAAAUGAACCAAGAAUAAGUAGGAAGCUCUCUAAUAUAGAAUAGUGUUUUAAAGAGCAGUCAGCAUCAUAAAGGAAAGUAUUUUCUCAUUCAGUCAAGUGCUGUCUUAUACUCCCUAUUCGCACUGAAACUUUUUAUUACUAUGUAUAUGUAUUCAUGCACUGUAUCAAUGCCAAGUAGUUUAGCCAUCUGUGUUACAUUUCUACAUAUUUCAUUUGCCAUUUUAACCUUAACUGCCUCGAUGAUACUGUGAGAAUGUCCUUUGUCUUGUGUAUGAUCAUUUGUAUGUUUAUUAUAUUCACUGAAUGCAGUUAUUCAUUUAUGAUAUUUUAUACUGUAGAUUUUUGCAUUGAAAAUUCAUGUUUACAUUUUCUGGUUUCAAUGGGGUUUAGGUGAUAAACAAUAGUGUGUGUGUGUGUGUGUGUGUGUGUGUG